AUGACGAAUCGCAAGUUAAGUAUUGGCGUCUACGAUGCGGAUAAAGACGAGAAGCUUGGGAUGGUCGUCAAAGGAUCAUCACCGUUGUGGAUUCGUGUUCUCAUCAGAAUACUACGAGCGUGGUUCUUCGUCUACGAUUGCCUCAACUACAUACCGUAUCAGCUCUUCAAUCCACCCGUUGAGAAACUUCGCAAGUCGAGCGCAGUGAAGGCACAGUGGGUAGAUACCCGCGAUGGAGACAUCAGACAUGUGGAUGGCUUGAAAACAGAGGAGUUUCCUGGAAAGAAUACUGUUGACAAGGUGGAUGUUUUGGUACGAACUGAACUUUCUGCUGAACUGAAUUAUGAUUUGGAAGUGUUGAAGGUUUGGCGACAUGUGGUUGAGAUGUUUGAUGAGGCUCCUGCACUUGGAACUCGUCAGCUGCUCGGUGUACACGAAGAGAAGACAGACGUUGGACGAGUGUUUGAAAAAUGGGAGAUGGGCGAAUACGAAUGGAUGUCGUACCGCGAAGUGGAAGCUAAAGUGGCAAGUGUAGCGGCAAGUUUGAAGGAUUUGGCCAAAGGGGAUGACGCUAAGGUGGUCAUUUUUGCGGAAACGCGAGCUCAUUGGCUAAUUACCGCUUUGUCAUGUUUUCGAGCGAAUCUUCCAAUUGUUACGGUUUACGCCACCUUAGGUGAAGAAGCAAUUGCACAUGCCAUAAAUGAGACAGAAUCCUCAAUUCUUGUGACGUCCGCAGAGCUACUGGGCAAAAUUGGUACACUUGGAAAACGCUGUCCCACACUUCGAACCAUCGUAUUCUUUCCACUGGUGAAUAAGAAUGCCAUAGCACCGGAUCUCAGUCUUUUCAAGUACGCGUUGUUUAUCAUUGCUAUGCAGUCUGAAAUAUUUUUCUUCUUCUAUCAUCUUUUCUCGCUUCACAGAGGUCAGUUCGAGCACGUCUUGUCAUUCACUGAUGUUGAGAACAAAGCGAAUACAACGAUAAAAGAGUCAACUGCUGAAGCUGAAGAUUUGGCGCUAAUCAUUGACAAAGAUACGUAUAUUGGUUAUCUCCCUUUGGCUCAUAUUCUUGAACUGGACGCUGAGCUCACAGCUUUGUGCUAUGGAUGUAAGAUCGGCUAUUCGAGUCCUCUGACGUUACAUGAUCGAGCAAGUAAAAUUAAGCCUGGCACAUAUGGUGACUGUCAUGCUCUCCAACCUACUCUUAUGGCAGCCGUGCCGACAAUUAUGGACCGAAUCUUCAAAGCGGUAUCCGAAGAAGUUGCAGCCAGUCCGCGAAUCAUGCAAGAAUUGUUUAAGUUAAACUAUGAACGUAAAAGAGCUCGUUAUCAGGAAGGGUACUGUAGUCCAUUUCUCGAUAGGAUAGUAUUCAAGAAAAUCCGUCGUCUUUUGGGUGGAAAUUUGAAGGGAGUACUUUCCGGUGGAGCACCUUUGAACCCUGAGACACAGCGAUUCAUGAACAUAUGCAUGUGUUGUCCGGUUGUGCAGGGUUACGGUUUGACGGAGACCUGCGGUGCAGCAUGCAUUGCCGAUAUUAAUGAUCUCAGCACGGGAACUGUUGGACCACCAGUUCGUUGUUGUGAGAUAGUGCUCCGAGAGUGGAAAGAAGGUGGAUACUCGCCAUUCAAUGAUCCACCGCAAGGCGAGAUUUUAAUCACUGGUGAGAACGUGUCACCUGGAUACUUCAAGCAGACAGAGAAAACGAAAGAGGAUUUCAUAACGUAUAGAGGCAAACGAUACUUCUGCACGGGAGACAUCGGGGAAAAGAGAAAAGAUGGUUCGAUAAUUAUAGUCGAUCGAAAGAAGGAUCUUGUGAAGCUUCAACACGGAGAGUAUGUCUCGCUCGCAAAGGUCGAGUGUGCUCUCCUCAAUUGUCCAAUUGUUGAUAAUAUUUGCGUAUACGCGAAUAGUUUGGAAGCAAACACUGUUGCACUUAUAGUACCUAAUCAGAAACACCUGGAGAAGAUUACAGAAGAGGUUGGUGAACAGUCGCGAGAUCUUAAAACUAUGUGCGAUAAUAGGAAGGUUGUAUCGGAAUUCCUCCGUCAACUUGAUGAACACGCGAAGCAAAACAAAAUAUCAAGAGUAGAAAUGCCAAUCGCCAUUCAUUUGUGCCAUGAAAUCUGGACUCCCGAUAACGGUCUGUUGACUGAAGCUCUGAAGUUGAAGCGAAAACCGAUACAAACGAAAUACCAGUCUAUAAUUGACGGGUUGUACAAGAAACUUCGUAGCUCCUCGUAA